CUCCCCUUUUUUUUUCUUUUCUUUUUUUCCUUUUUUUGCUUUUUCAGCCUUAAUUUUCGAUGAUGUUAGGUACAAAGUACCUGAACUUUUAAAACUUGGAGAAGAGGUUGUUUUUGAAACCGCAAACGAGAGAAGGUAUCCACUCCUGCAUGCAAUGCUGAUCGGCCGUCUUGGCUUAGGGGGGUGAAAGCAAUUUCGACUACCUAAGAGGUACCUAUACCUAAUCAACCUAUCGUCAUCAUCUUCAGGACCAUCGCCAAUAUCAUCGUCCUAGCACUACCUACCUAGGUAAUUGCAAGUCGCCAAGAAAAAAACGGGAUACUACUACCAGGUCAGGGUCAUAACAAAAAUGAGGUAAUACCUAAUGUAGCAUGGCUUCGGCGACGACACCUUCGUCCCCGACCCUGACCCAAACCCCGACUCCGUACGCCAUCCCCCAGACCCUCUGGGACCUGCAGGUGCCGGUCCUGGUGACGCACGCGGGCGCGCCUAAUAACGCGCCGUUCGUCGCCUCGGUCCCGCGCUUCAGCUACCUGGCCCUGCUGCUGCCGCGCCUGUCCGCCUACUUCGGCCUCCCCUGCUCCAGCUUCCACCACGAGGACGUGCUCCUGCGCAACCUCGCCGUCGGCCUGCUCGUCGACCUGUACCAGCCCACCUUGCCGUGGCGGCUUACCGUUGCCGACGGCCUGAGCUGGGAUAUCGGCGAUACGUUUCUGAAUAGCGCGAAGGAGGCCGAUUUCAUACGCAACGGCAACGCGCACCAGAUCAUGUCGCUGUCGAAAGAUCACACCACCACCCUCUGGAACGCCGUCAAAGAUAAUGACUACACGUCCUUCGCCAAAGUCAACGCGCGCCUGCUCAAUACCUCGCGCGACUUGCGCAACGUGCCUCUCCGCGUGUACAUCCCACAUUCCCCCGACGACGUCGCAGCGGCGGUGGUCGACAGCCAAGGCGGGUCGAGAUCGGGGUCGGGACCGGGGCCGGGGUCGUUCCAAGUCGUGCAGUCGCUCGUGCAGCCACGCAUUAGCGAUCAUAUACGUACCACAGGCCAACAACAACCCCAAACCCUCGGCACCGCUCUCCGCAGCCUGUUGCCGAGCCUGUUCCCCAGCAGCCGGGACCCCGUGCUCGCGGACGCGAUCCUGCACGGCGCCCGCGUGCCCUUCGGCGCGCCGCUCGAGGAGCUCAUGCGCGAGGCGGCGUAUCCGGACGGGUGGCUGUGCCUUAUUGUUCGGCCGUUGGACGUGUAGGUGGAGAUGUAGUUCGAGAAGCGAACUGGCUGGCCUGGCUACCUACGUUACCUACCGGUUAGGUAGUUUGCUUGUUACACAAAAGGGGUUGCUGAUAUACGGUAGCGUUACGCGUUGUAUGAACUUUCCGUUGCGUAUAGAUGUACGCUACUUUACGCUAUACGGUUUGUGUUAGGUAUGUAAGGGGUAACCAAGAUAAGGGGUAGGGGUAAAGGGGCGCAACAACGGAUCUGUCCAAAUGAGGCGGCAUCAUGGAUAGGUAUUUAGGUACCUACCUACCUAAUUAGAAGCCGCCGGGACGAGUUCACCGCUAUUGCGCGCGUGACACGGAGGCGUUUUUUCUUUUUUUCCUCGGCGAAGGCUACGGGACAAGUAUGUACAGCAUGGCGUUGUGUUGUGGGUGGUUGGGCCGCGGCUUAUGAAUGCUUCCAAUUCACGCGUUUUCCUCUCAAGUAUAUCUUGCUUAAUCGUUCGUCUGUUGGUUCGUCUAACUACCAUUGCCUACUUAGUACCUAAAAGUAUAUCCUGCUUUCACGGCCCGUGACUUAUGUAUAACCGACCCUAAGCCAUUGAUACUAGCAGGUGUUUGUUUCUAAGAUAUUAGG